AUGAAGAGUCAAAAGUCAGAUCCAAUCACAAAUUUCUUAUUUCAACCGCAUCAUUUAUCAGCUUUUACAGUUCCAUCACCAAUGAGCAGAACACAAAAUAUCAUUCAAAAUCCUGGUACUCAUCAACAUCUUUCAACAAUUAAUCAUAAUAAACAUUCAAAUUUAUCACAGCAAAAUUAUACAACCACAAUAAAACAAUCUUCUAGCAAUAAUCCAUUACAAUUCAAUGUACAACCUUUCAUUAAAGAAAACGAAGCCUCUAUGAAUUGGUUACUUUAUACUCAAUUAUAUAAUUUAAUGUGUUCAAAAUUAUCAAAUAAAUUACCUUAUAAUGAUGACAAUCAGCAUUUGUUCAAUAAACCAAGAUAUUCUUAUUCUCCUUAUCCAAUUCCAUUGGAGAUUGAAAGAAACAAAUCCCACCUCUCAACACAUUCAAAUCAAAUCACUAUCAACAAUCAAACUGAAUAUACAACCAACUUUAUCCAAUGUUCCAAUAGUCCCAGUCAAUCUAAAACACCGAUUUCAAAAAUUCCUCAACAUAAUAAAAAAAGGAGAAUAUUAUCAUCAAAGAGAAAUGAAUCAACCAAUAAUAAUAAUAUUAAUAUUAAUAAUAAUAAUAAUAGUAAUAAUAAUAAUAAUAAUAAUACUAAACAGCAUCAAAAGACAUCAACCAAUAUUUAUUUAUUAAAUCGAUGUAACAGUUGUCCAUCAUUAAUGCUUUCUAAUUCAUCAUCAAUAUGUUGCGCCAAUCAUCCCAGUGAAAUGCGAAAGUUUCGAAGUUCAAGUUACGAUUCAUUAUUACUAAAAAAACAAAAUCACUGUAAACAAUUGAAUUAUCGAAAUAAACUGAAUGAAUUAAAUAAUUGUCAACAAAAUUCACUGUAUCAUCAGCAUCCAUUGAAAAUGCCGCCAUCUUGUCCUGUACCUACUUCAUUAUCAUUUGAUUCAUUUAAACAAAAUGUUGUUUUGCAUAAAUCUAUUGAUAACAGUGAAAAUAAUGUAAAUAAUGAAGUGAACUCAAUGAAUUGUACAAAUUACAUGGAAACCUCAUCGCCAUUUUUUAAGAAAUGUCCCAAUGAGUUGAAUGCGAUGAAUACUAAUCCUGAGCGAAAUAAUGCCGAUAAUAAUAAUAAUAGUAACAAUAAAUCACUGCAAUCACCAUUACGUGAAACAUUUCUACAUUAUUACUGGACAUAUUAUUAUGAAGAAUUACUACGUUAUUAUAUUCAACAUCAAAUAUCAACAGUGAAUAAUUGUUCUAAUAAUGAUAAAAAUCCAAUCAAUACUACUACUAGUACUGCCACUACUACUACUACUACUACAAUGUCAACGGAUAAUUCUGCAUCAUUUGUACAUUCCAAACCGAAAUCAAUCAGUAAUAAUCAUAAUCAUUGUAAUGACAGUAUUACUGAUUCUUCGUCAAGAUCAUCUGUUCCAGUGUACGACGACGGUACACUGAAUAAUUGCAUGAAUCAUUCUACGAACUAUGAAAAACAAUAUGGUAAAAAGCAUAUGAAAACAAAUCAUGAUUUGCAUAGAUUUGAAGGCAAUGUUAAAUUGAAAAAUGUUCAUCCUAUUAACAAUACUACUCAUACAAGUAAUAACAGUUAUGAUACUAUUCAACAAAUUGAUGAAAAACAAUUUGGAAAUUUAAAAAAUUCACAAAACAAUGAUUUCGGAUGUCAUAAAAAUUAUAUGUUGAAUUCUCUUCUCACAUCGAAUACAUUAUUACUUGAACAAAGAAAUCCACUUCUCAAUCCAUUUGAAAGUAAUAAUGAAGAGAGAAAUGUUGUACAAAUGGCAAAUCAUCAAGAUUUAUUUGAAAGAAUACCUUUCCCGCUAACUAGUAGUUCCAAUACUACAGUGUCAUUGAAUAAGCCAUAUGCUAGUAAUAUUAGUAAUAUACAUAGUCCCUUAGGAAUGAACAAAUGUAGUCGAUUACAUGGCAACUUAGAUUCUUUGCCUAUGUCACCUAUUGUCACAGUGUGUAAUGACACUAUUGCUGGUGGUGACGCGAAUAAUGAAAGACAUUUAGAAUUGCAUAAAUAUUCAUCGUCGAAAAGAUCAUCAGCAUCCCAUUCAGCAACAACAACAUCAUCGUCAUCAUCAUCAUCAUUGAGCAUCAGUAUGCCAUUUCCGAAUAUGAUGCCUUCUAUACCAGUAUUGUCAUCAAAGCCAUCAGGGAAAUUCUGUCGAACAGCAUCCAUACCAUUGGAUAAUCCUAAUGGCUUAAUAACAAUAAAACGUGAUAAUAAACGUAAUGAUACAUGUGAAUAUUGUGGUAAAAUAUUUAAAAAUUGUAGUAAUUUAACUGUACAUCGACGUAGUCAUACAGGUGAAAAACCAUAUCAAUGCAAGCUGUGCAAUUAUGCUUGUGCACAAUCAUCCAAAUUGACACGACACAUGAAAACGCAUGGAAAAGAUGGUAAACCAAGAUAUUUGUGUAAAUAUUGUCAUACACCGUUCAUAGUACCAUCGACACUGGAGAAACAUAUGCGUAAAUGUAUACAUGCAAAACAUCUAUUAGGAUCACACACCAUGAUGACACGUCAUAAACAAAUUUUCAAACACAAUUCUCCAGGAAAACAUCUACAUUCUUGGUUAUUAGCAGCAGCAGCAACAGAGGCUACAUCUACAUGUGCAUCUGAAAUGUCCACAACAACAGACAGUGUAGAAAAUGAAAGAUAUCGAAGCAAUGCCAUGAAUAAUAAAUUGAAUAAUUACAGGAAAUUUAAAUCACAUACAUCCUCAAACAAUACAACAGUAGUGACUACUACAACAGCAACAACAACGCCAGAUCCUCUAAUGACAACAACACGUACACCAAGAAAUCCUGAUCGUAUUCGAAAAAAAUUAAAAUACACCAGUUUACAUCAAUUUAGCAAUAAGUUAUCAUCAAAUAAAACAAUGAAUUCUUCAAUGUUUCAUUUACUUCCACUGUUACAAAACAGUCAUAGAAAUUAUUCAUCCUUGGAUAGUGUUGACUCACCGCUGACACAUUUUUCUAAUAAUCUUAGCAAUGAGCAUAGUAAUGUGAUGAUGUAUGAAUCAAGUCAACUGAAACAGUAUCCAUUCAGUUUGGAAUCUUAUCAACAAUUAUUACCAAUUACUAGUAGUGAUAAUGAUAACUUUCUUCCUACAUCAAUUUUACCCAACAUUGAUCGUAAUAUGACAUCAGUUAAACAAUCAGUAAUGAGUAUAGACAAUCUGUCAAUGCCACCACCGCCUUGUAUAUCGAACUCAAAGUUCCAAUGGUCAACUUCAUCUAGAUCAACAAACUAUACAUCUUCAUUCUUGGAUGUCACGUCUAAAGUGAACAAUACUUCCUUGUCAAAUGAUUAUCAACUGACAGAAAAUGGUAAAUCUAACAAUUACAUUAAUGUUACUGAUACACCGAAAACAAAUCAUAAUAAUCAUAAUAAUAGUGGAAGAAAUUUAUCAUUUUUGAUGUCGAAAAUUCUAGAUAGCUCAUUAAAUACAGAAAUGUUCUCAAUUAAUCAAAAUUCAUCGGUUUCAUCGUCGAAAUUACAGAUUUAA